CAAAAUAAUAUUAUAGGUAAUUCGCAGUUCAGGUAAUAUCAGUCUGGAAGAGCAUUUCAUAAUAUCAUAAAUUAAUAAUAUAAUAUACAUAAUAUUAUAUAAUAGAUUUGUUAUAUUCAUUUUGAUAGUUCCAUAAUAUUGAUAACAAAUAACAAAUUAGUUGAUAAGCUAAACUAUGAAUAUUUUGUAAUUACCUAUUGCACAAUAUUUAUAACACCUACCACAAUUUAUUUUUAUCAUAUUAAAUUUGAGAUAGUUUGUUAUGUUUAUUAUUUUUAAUAUUUUAUUAAUUUCUAAUGUAAAAAAUAAAUCAAUCUUAUUUUAUUUAUUAAACGUUGUCACUGUUUUUAUGGUGGUUGUGGUAAGGCAAAUAAUUUAUUCUCACACAAUAAAUAUAAUAUAAAUAUUCUUAUCAUUUAUUGAUCACACCUAGUUUAUAUUAUAUAAUAGCCAAACAUUACUCAAUAAUAAUGGAUUAAUAUCUCGAAUUUUUUUUCUUUUGUAUUUUGUAGAUUAAGGUUAUUUAUUUAUUAAAUACUGAAUUGAAACUUAAGUUAGUAUUUUUAUUUUUAGUAAUUAAGUGGUUUAGUGAUGGCAUUAGAUUUAAAUCAACUACCUGCAUUGCCAGCAAAAACUGCAUUCAUUGCACAUCUUAUUUUAAUUACUUGGUAAGUGGAUUUAUAAUUUUGAUAGGUUAUUACUUUAUCUACAUUUAAUUUGUAUUAUAUGCCAUAGGGGUGUACAAGGACGAUGGAGUCCUGACUCUUUUAUUUUUUACAAUAUUAUAUAUAUGGGAUGUGUAUUAUGGGCAAUGCAUCAAACUGAAAAUGAAAAACCAGCCCAGCUAGUAAAUAUUUGUUAAAUUUUUUAAAGUUUAACUUUUAUUAACAUUUUAAAGAAAUCAAUCAAAACUAUAUUUCUAUUUCUAGGCUAUUUCUGUUAACCUUGCAGCAGUAUGUUUAGAUAUAGUUACUAUUUAUUGUUAUUUUCCAAACAGCUUUUGUAAGUAUAUAUUUAAAAAAAAAAAUAACUAAUGUUGAAAAAGUAAAUAAAUUAUUUCUUUUGUUUUUAGGGUUAUCGGAAAUAUUUAGUGUUAUUUGUGCCAUGGGAAAUGUGGUUCUACGUUUUGUAACACUGUCAAUUCUUAGUCGGAUGUGCAUAGAUAGUAGCAAUGGAGCCACUGAUGGCAUACCACCUCCCUUACAAAAUUAUAUAAGUUAGAAUAAAAUUUAUACAUUUAUCUUACAUUUUCUUAAAAUAAAACAAAAAUAUAUUUUAAAGGUAGAGGAACUGCAAACCCACAAUCAUAUGAAGAUAUUGAUCAGUCUACUCAACCACAACAACAAACACCGGGCAAUACUCCUUUUUUUACACCAUACCGUUAAAACUACAUGAUUGUUUAAAAACACUUCUAAAUUACGAGAUAAAUUCUCAUUAUUGUGUCAUAACCUCAUUACUUAAUGUUUGUUUUAAAUUUAUU